AUGGCUGGAUACGGCUAUGAACGAAUGAAACUGAAAGAAUAUCUCGGAAUUGAAUGGAUUGAAAAUGGUUUUGAUGAAACCGGUGAACGCGACAAUACACCGAUCCGACACGCCAAUGAUUUGGAUUGCGCAUUUGACGAUAUAAAAAAAUGUGAAUGGCGUAAUGUUAGGGAAAACGAAGCACUUGAUUCUCUCGACUUCCAUUUAUUUGAAAAAAUUGAUUUUAAGGAAUUCCCUGUGUUGCAAGUCAGACCAGGACCAAGUCGACUCGCACGAGGUGACAAGCUUUUAUUUACUGGGGAUCGAAAACAAGAGGAACAAACUGCUAUUUUGAAAAGCUCACCAAUUCUUUGUCAAAACAACACUGGCAUUCUUACUUUUACGUUUUGGUUAUACAAUGGCGCACGGGUAGAAGUGUUGUUACUUAAACAAAAAAGAGGUCUGCUUGUUAUUUUGCCAGAAAAACCUUUCGUUGACUGCGGUACAGUACUGCUCAAUACCGAAUGCACAACUGAAAUUCCGCCACGUGAUGAGGAAUUCAGCAUUGGGAUCAAGGCAUACAAUAUAGCAAACCGUGAAGUUGAUCUGGGGGAGAAUUUUCGAGGUCGACCGUUCAUUACAUCCUACAAAAGAAAUUUUGUUAAAGCAGCUCAUGAGCUGAACUGCAGUAAUUUCACCUCAAAAUGUCGGUGGCGUACGGUCGGCCAUGCAUUAGAGAUGUGGCAAGUAGCCGAUGAAUCUCCAAGCAAUGAAUUAAUGUUUAAUGCAACGGGUGCUUUGCCGGUACCGGAAGCGCCCUUUCUAUUCAUGUACAUUGAACAGAAUCGUCACGCUCCUUUCAAUGUCUUAGAGUCCGAUCCAAUUGAGUGCCAAACACAGAACACAUCUAAAUUUAACUUCAGAUUCUGGACAACUCGUAAUGUGACUCUGGAAAUUUGUGCUCGAGAUCGUUCGUUAAACGUGGCGGAAUGUCAUUUGGCACCAAUGGCUUUAUCGCCUGCUCUUGUUAGCAUGAAAUUCAACAAGCUGUCGACGUUCUCACUAACAGUUGAAGUGAAAAAUAUCAACAGUGAUUACGACAACUUCAUUGCAAUCGAUGAUAUAAGUUAUGAAGCAACAUUCUGCAGUGAAGCAGUAAAUGCUUGGGAUCUCGGUGGCAAUUUUUAUCCAACACCAAUGCUAAACUGUAUGUGGGCAAAUUAUGAACCAGCGGAGCCGGCGUGGCAGAUUGGUACCACACCACUUGAUAAGCAUAAAUUCAUUUCUCUUACUGGUAGUUCCGAAAUGCCAGAUGGCGAAUUUGCUAUUGUCCGAUUGAAAUCUGAGCAAACAUCAACGCUAAUCACCGAACCUAUUCGAUGCAUUAUCAGUCAAGCCACACUCACAUUUAGAUUCUGGCUUAGUGGUAACACACGUCUAGAUGUUUGCUUGAUUGAAGACAAGGUUUCGGAAGCGAUUGACUGCCAAAAAAUUGUUCUAAAACAGCCCGGACCUGCGUUUAUUGAUUUACCGGAAGCAAAUCAUCCAGUACGGAUUGCUUUGAAAGCUGAAUCAUCUUCUCAAGGGAUGGCACUGAUUGAUGACCUAGUAGUAACGGGUGACAUAUGCCCAUCGGCAAUACGAUAUCACGGCGUACGUCUAUUUGGUUCUGGAUUAGCUCAAAUACCUGACCCAAAUGUUUGCCGACUUCUUUCUUGUAGUUUCAGGGAAGGUCAAACAUGUUUGUAUAAUUCGGGUCGAGUUGCUUUAUCUCAAAGUAAUUUCAAAGCACGAGAUGGAGCUGUUACCGCAUUUUUAUUUAAGAAAGGCAAAGUAGCAGUACUUGAAUCACCAACUUUUCGCCUGAAUGCUGCUGCGAGGAUUCAUUUUUUAUAUAACAGUGAUGCAAAUACAUCUGCGGUAUUUGUAUGCCAUGAUAGCAUCAGCCGAGAGCUGGAUAGCUGUUUCAAAGUUGGAGGAGACAGUGCAGGACAUGGCUGGCAUCAUGAUUUCAUGGAAGUACUACCUAGUGAUACAAAAUUUUAUAUGGUUGCAAAAUUAAUUAAUAAUUCUAGAAGUGCCCAUGUCUCCAUUACAAACAUUACUGUUACUGAUGUUGACAAUAAUAUUGUUUGUUCACUGUAG